UCUUCUGGAAAGUUGUUGCAAAUCUUGACGAAACUGCAUACGCAUCGGUGAUUAGAUGAAAGCAGCAAACAACUGCGUUGGUUUUCAGUGUACAUUCAGUAGGAGUUCGACAGUGGAAAACAGCAAACUACCGCGAGCAGAUAGCAGAUUUACCACCAGUUGUAUGUGAAACAUUCCUGUGCCGUCUCGAAGGUUGCCAAGAUGAAUUCGUUCCUGCGUGGAUCGAUGAACUACGUCUGGUGCACGACCAGCGUACUGGGCAAGGGAGCUACGGGGGCCGUCUUCCAGGGGGUGAACAAACACAACGGAGAACCGGUGGCCGUGAAGACGUUCAACCAGCUCAGCCACAUGCGCCCUCCGGAUGUGCAGAUGCGAGAGUUCGAGGUGCUGCGGAAGGUGAAUCACAACAACAUCGUCAAGCUGCUGGACAUCGAAGAUGACCAGGAGGGCCGGGGAAAGGUGAUCGUGAUGGAGCUGUGCACCGGGGGCAGUUUGUUUAACAUUCUGGACGAUCCGGAAAACACGUACGGUUUGCCGCAGCGUGAGUUUCUGCUCGUACUGGAGCACCUGUCGGCCGGUAUGAAGCACCUGCGGGACAAUAACCUGGUGCACCGUGAUCUGAAGCCGGGAAACAUCAUGAAGUACAUCUCGGAGGACGGCCAAACCAUCUACAAGUUGACCGACUUUGGUGCGGCCCGUGAGCUCGGUGAGAAUCAGCAGUUCGCCUCACUGUACGGAACGGAGGAGUACCUUCAUCCGGACAUGUACGAACGGGCUGUACUCCGGAAGUCCAUCAAUCGAAGCUUUACGGCAAACGUCGAUCUUUGGUCGAUCGGCGUUACGUUGUACCAUGUGGCGACCGGAAACCUUCCAUUCCGUCCGUACGGUGGCCGCAAGAACAAGGAAACGAUGUACCACAUCACCACGAAGAAAGCACCGGGCGUCAUCUCGGGCACGCAAACGAGUGAAAACGGCCCAAUCGAGUGGGCGAAGACGCUGCCGGCCCACUGCCAGCUAAAGGAGGGUCUAAAAUAUCUCGUCACACCCCUGCUGGCGGGCCUGCUGGAGGAGAGUCAGGGACGCAUGUGGUCGUUCGAUAAGUUUUUCUUCGAGGUACAAAACAUUCUCAACAAAACGGUACUGCACAUCUUCUACGUGAAUCGAGCGACCUCGAUUGAGGUGUACAUGGAACCGGAGCAAACAUUUGUCCACCUCCGCGAGCAUAUCCUUGCCCAGACGGACGUUCCGCAGCCGUCGCAGUUGCUACUCCUGGAAAAUGAGCUCUUCGAGAGGAAGGUUGAUGCCAACACCAGCGCACGCGGAUACCCUCCCACCGAUCCCAUCAACCCCGUGAUGCUGUUCAACAUCGAAAACUACAACGUAAUCCUGCCGAGUGAGUGGGAUUUGCCAAAGUUUCCUACAUUCCCGAACGGAAUUUCGGUCGAAAAUGAUGCCAGUCUGGCGAAGGUGGCCUGCAGCGUUGGCCACGAGUGUAAGCGCCGGGUCGAGAACCUGUCCCUGCUGGACACACUGAUGAACAAAGCCGUACAUCAGUUUUCCGGAUUCCUUAGUGGACUGCUGGUGAAUCUUUUGAAGCGAACUCAUCACCUGGAGGAAAUAGAGGGGCUUAUCUGUGAGCUUGGAAAAAUGUUCGAAGUGGCCGCUUCCAAUCAUGAAACAUAUCAAAAGGUAGCGACGGGUAUUCUGGCCACCUACGAGAAGCAAAAGUCCGAGUUCCAGCGCGUCUCCGAGCCGAUCCAUCAGCUCUACGCGCGCUUCGUAAAAGAGGAGUCGCUCGUACGCGAGUGGAACUCGGGCUACCGGGCGCUUCGAACGCCCAACAAGAACCGCGACAGCGAGAAAGCCAAAUCGCUCGUCGAUCGACUACGCGACUCCUGGCAGCACAUGCUGCGCGACCGGGCAACCCGUGCCCUCACCUACAACGACGAACAGUUCCACGUGCUGGAGAAGGUGAAGAUCGCGGAAACGGGCAAGCGCCUGAAGGCCCUACUGAACGAUGCCGUCCGUCAGGCGGUCGAGCAGGAAGCCGAGUGCCUGGCCGACUGGUACAAGAAAGCGCAGACGAUAUUCCUACAGACGCAGUUCUUGCUGAAAGACGUCGGGGCGUACGUGGACGCAAUGUAUGACGCGCGCGAUCAGCUCAAGCAGCACCGGGAGGACCUGAAGGAGGAAAUCAGCACCGAUGGCGAGGUAUCGACAACGAUCGCAGCCAAUAAGUCCAUGGUGCCACCAACAAUCCCAACGGUAGGCGAUGGUACGGCGAACACGGGAGAUAAAGGAUCGACCGCACGCCACAAUCAGUAUAAGCUGCUGUGUUUUAUGAACAUGUACAACCAAAUCAAAGAUUUACACAAAAUCUUACAACAAAACACUGAUCUCUUGGCCGCCACCAAAGGGUUGCUUCAGGAUGGCGCUGAAAAGGGUACGACGUAGUGGGAGGUACACCCACUAAUCGACUGACCGGAUGAAGGUGAUACAACGCUCUUGACACUAUUCCUCGUUCUCUGAUGAUUAGGGAAGAUCUUAAAUGUAAUGCUGUGUAUAUAAAUAAUACUUUGCUCCCAACGCGGCAGUAUUCUGUUGGUGUUAACCUUUAUUUUCUCUAUUUAAUAGGCUAUAAUUGUGCUACAAAUAAACUAUAUUUUCAU